AUGAACCCAGAGAAGGCCAAUGAAGCUUCACCCUUUCUAACUUCGUCACGAUCCACCUAUGGGUAUACUCCCUCGCCAGAAAUCGAAAGCUCACUUCCUACAAGAGGUGCACCCCUUAGCUGGUUCGAGCUGUUGGCCAUGGACGCUGCUUGCGCCGAUGAUCGGUUUCUACUGUCACCACCGCGGCAAUUUCCACAUUGCCAGGUAACAGAGGAUGAUCCGCACAACAGUUCUAAUCUACGACCUCGAAACUCAAGGGAACGUGAAAGCUUCCAUGCAGCUGCAUUUAAGAGGGAUCCAGAAGCUGAGGAACGGCUUGCCUCACAAAUGACAACAGACCACACAAUCUUUGAUGACCCAUCAUCCUGGACCACCGAUGCUCCAAUAACCUUGUCCAACCUCGAACAUCGGCUUUUCACGCAUUUUGUGCGGGUUUCGAGCAAGUGGCUUGAUUUCUAUGAUCAUAAUGAACACUUCUCAUCCGUGGUACCACAUCUAGCUAUCAGGAAUAUGGGAUUAAUGAGAGCACAGCUCGCACUCUCCGCGCGCCACAUGUCCCUUGACAAAGAUGAAUGUCAGAGAUAUGAAGGCCCAACUGUUGAUCGCAACCUGGCCGUUCAAUACUACUUUGAAACUCUUCAUUACUUGAACAAAGCUAUGCGAUAUUCCUCCUACGCUCGCAGCCAUGAAUUGAUAGCAACCUCCAUUCUCAUCAGCACGUACGAAAUGAUGGAUGGUUCUAAUCAGGAUUGGGAGCGACAUCUGAAAGGUGUUUUCUGGAUACAACGGUUUCGAGACAACCAUGGAGAAUCGGGCGGACUGCGACAAGCUGUCAGGUGGGCUUGGCUCCGACAGGAUGUGUGGGUUGCGAUGCGUGAGCGACGACGGGUGUUCAGCUUUUGGCAGCCGAGAAAGCCUCUAUCCAUACUGACUUCCAGUGAGCUCGCAAGUCGUGCCACGUUCCUCUUAGCGCAAUGUGUCAAUUAUGCAUCGAACGAGGAGCAAAAAACCGCAGACUUUUCCGAACGCCUUGGGCGUGGCAGUGAGCUGCUUUAUUUGCUUCAGGAAUGGCACGAUCAUUUGCCUUCUGAGUAUAAUCCUCUUCCCAUAGUUUCUCACACCGCCACAUUUCCCCCCAUCUGGGUUCAUCCCUCGCCUUACGCAGCGGCUUUACAGCUCCACAGCCUUGCUCGCAUUUUAGUAAUUCUCAACCGCCCUUCCACCGGUGGGGUUGAAGAUUACCGUGCUGCACAAAGGCUUUUGACCACCUCCGUCAAUAUGAUAUGUGGAAUUGCUCGAACAAUCGAUCAGCAUGAUCAUCCGGCAAGCAUUGUUUCCCUUCAAUGCUUAGUUGGAGGUCAGUACGCGAAGGAAUCAUUGGUGUCCAUUUGCUAA